AUGGCCGAACCCUGGCGGCGGGUGCAGCGGCAGGCGACCGCAGCCGCCGCCGGGGCCCGCUCGGCCGCUGCGGGGCGCCAGGUGUGCCGCGGUCGCGAGCCCGCCGCUGCCGGCCGGGGCGCCGCGGCGGCCGUCGAUUGGGACCGCGAGCCCGCCGACUCCCUCGGGACACUUGGGGCCCGCGGCUCCUGCGGCGCUCCGAGUGCCGGCCGGUGCCGGGCGGCGGCGCGCGGUGGUCGCCGGAGGUUUGCGGCGAUCCGCCUGCUGAGGCUGGCGCAUCUGCCGCCGCGUCCCUUCUGGCGUGCGGCGGCUGCGCGUCAGCUCAAGGCACUGCUGGGGCCGACGACGCGGCCAGGCAGCAGGCCAGGGCGCACGCGGUCGCGGCGCUGA